CCCGACCGAUCGUCUGCAUGCUCCGCCACUCGAUCUCGCCACACGGCUCGCAGUGGCACAAGCUAGAGCGCGCAGGCGCAGGCAUGGCGCUCGCUCUCGCUCGCCUCCUCCUCCUUGCCGCCGCGUUGCCGCUGCUCUUCGUCUCCCGUGCUGCAGAUGCGGGAGAGGUGGGCGUGUGCUACGGGAGGGACGGGAGCGACCUGAUGGACCCGUCGGCCGUGGUGAACCUUCUCAAGGCGAAUGGCAUCACCAUGGUGAGGAUCUACGAUGCCAACCCGAGCGUGCUCAGAGCGUUCGCCAACCAGAACAUCAAUGUGAUGGUGGCGCUGUCCAACAGAGACCUGGCAUCCGGCGCCGGCCAGGACGAGGCCAGCGCACUCAACUGGGUGAACAGCAACAUCGUGCCGUACUACCCGGCCACACAGAUCAACGGUGUGGCCGUGGGGAACGAGGUGUUCCAGCAAGCACCUGACCUGACCUCGCGGCUACUGCCGGCCAUGAGGAACGUGCAGGCGGCGCUGGCGAGGCUGGGCCUCGCCGACGCUAUAAAGGUGUCAACACCGAUCAGUUUCGAUUCGGUCAAGGGGUCGUUCCCACCAUCUUUAGCCGUGUUCCAAGACAACAUCGCACAGUCGGUGAUGAGGCCCAUGAUCGACUUCUUGCAGCAGACCGGCUCGCACCUUGCGGUUAAUUUCUAUCCAUACAUUGCCUACGCUAACAACAUUGGCAAAAUCUCCCUUGACUAUGCUACAUUUGGCCCUAACGCGGCUGGCGUGGUCGAUACGCGGACUGGCAUCACGUACUAUAGUCUAUUCGAUGCCCAGUUGGACGCUGUUUACUACGCUAUAAACCAGGUUUUUGGUGAUAGCGUGAGGGCUACCAUGGCCGUGCGAGGGGGUCGUCGGAAACAAAGGGUUGACGUCAAAUGUUACGAAUGUGGGCAUCCCUCCGGUGGUCAGCUACCUAGACUGGCCAAGCUCACUAAUGCAGUAGAGGACGUGGCUACAAAAGCCAACGCCCAAGCGUUCAAUAAUGGUAUGAUCAAGCGAGCGUUAUUCGGAGCCUCCGGUAUGCCAGAUGUCUCCGUAUACAUCUUUGCUCUUUUCAAUGAGAACAAAAAGGGUGGCGCCUCUGUAGAACGCAACUUCGGUCUGUUCUAUCCAGAUGGAACCGAGGUUUAUCAUGUUGACUUUCACGGUGGAGAUAGUGGUGGUCAUGGUUGUCCCCCGAAGGCGACCUGGUGCGUGGCGAAUCCUGCUGUUGGGAAUGAUCGGUUGCAAGCUGCGUUGGACUGGGCGUGCGGUAAUGGUGCGGACUGCAGUGCAAUCCAACAGGGCAAAGUGUGCUAUGCACCAAACACCUUGAUCGCACAUGCAUCUUACGCGUUCAACAACUACUACCAGCGCAAGAACCAGGCCAGUGGUACGUGCAACUUCAACGGUGCUGCUUCCAUUGUCUACAAGCCUUCGUCAAGCAUUUGCGACCCAAACCCGAGCUGGUGCGUUACGAAGCCGGAGGUCGGGGAUGCACGUCUACAGAGUGCGCUAGACUAUGCAUGCGGCACCUGCGCGGAUUGUAGCGCCAUCCAGCAGGGUGCGCGGUGCUUUGACCCCAACACCAAGGUAGCGCACGCGACCUACGCUUUCAACGACUACUACCAGACCGCAGGCAGGGCCAGUGGCUCAUGUAACUUUAAUGGUGCUGCUUCUAUUGUCUACCAGCAACCAAAGAUCGGAAACUGCGUACUCCCACCAAACAACGUUUGAUGUUUGAAGAGUUUCUACAGAAUACCGGCCGUAAGCUAGCAAACCAGCAGGUCGGCAACGAGGAUGGGAUUGAAGAAUAAGUCCAUAUUAUUGGGCAGAUAAAAAUGAUUAUGGCGAUGUAUUCCUGGUUUGGAAUUAUAACUAAAUGUAUCGUUCACUCCUGUUGAAAAUAAUCAAGGUGCACAGUUACUCGUUCGAGAGAGUAUACAUCGAACAUCUGGUGCAAUGAAAUGCACGGCAAUGCAAAUGCACUCGUACACCCUAAGGUCGGUGUUUGCCGGUCUCCCUUCGUUGAAUAUACUCCGGUUGACUGAUGAGUGAUGACUGACUAACAGCCAUG